UCUUUAUAGCUACAGGAGAUAUAUCCCCAUCAGGGAUUUCCAAUUAUAUCAUCGCUCCACUCAUAAAUAACAAGGGCUCAGACAAUACAACAAAACCACCGACUCUCUGACACUGUCCCUGAUUUCGAGCUCGAACGCCAUGGCUCUCUUCCUCCUCCUCUGGCUCUCUUCUUUCAGCGUUGCCGCCGCCGCCCCAGCCGCGGAUGCCAAUCCGUUCACUCCCAAGGCGUACCUCGUCCGCUACUGGAACCAGCGCGUCACCAACGACCUCCCCAAACCGCCCUUCCUCCUGUCCAAGGCCUCGCCCCUAACGGCUGCGGACGCGGUGGCUUUCGCCAAGCUCGCCGCCCGAGGCGCCAUCUCCGACCACCUCCCCUCCUUCUGCGCCGCGGCGCGGCUGCUUUGCUUGCCAGACUUGCCGUCGGCCAUCGUGGAGAGGCACGACCGGGACUCCAACUUUGCCGCCUACUCCAACAAGAACUUCACCGCCUACGGCGCCAACGGGGUCGGCAGGCGCGACUCAUUUAAGGGCUACUCCGUCGACGAGAACCUGCCGGUCAGCUCGUUCCGCCGGUACAGCCGCGGCUCGACGAUUCACCGCGAUGAGUUCUCCACCUACGGCGCUCAAGGCAACGUGGCAGACCAGAGCUUCAACAGCUACGGAGUCGCCUCCACCGGCGGCCACGGCGAGUUCAUCGAGUACAAUAAAGACGUUAACAUACCCAAUCUCAACUUCAACAACUACGGCUCCAGCGGCGAAGGGAGAUCGCACUCCUUCUCCGGUUACACUGAGGGGACCAAUGCGGGGGCCGAAACGUUCACCACCUACAGCAGGAACGGAAACAGAGCUCCAAGCGAAUUCACGGCGUACGCAACUGACUCCAACACCGUGGGUUCCGGGUUCAGUGCCUACAGCCAAGGCGGCGACGGCGCGAACAACAGCUUCACCAGUUACGGCUUCAACGGGAACAAUCCCCAUAACCGCUUCAACAGCUACGGCAAUGGCGUGAACGGGGCUGUCGAGAAUUUCAAGACGUAUCGGGAGAGCGCUAACGUGGGCGAAGACUCAUUCACUUCGUACGUGAAGGACUCAAAAUCGGCGGAGGUCAACUUCGCCAACUACGGCAAGACUUUCAACGAGGGGACCGAUAAGUUCACCGGAUACGGUGGAGGAGCUACGGGGCAGGCCGUUGGGUUCAAGAUCUACGGCGUCAACAAUUCCUUCAAGGGCUAUGAUAAGAAUGUGAUCGCCACCUUCUCUAGCUACACGAACAGAACAACAUCGUCCAGCACGACCGACGCAAUCGCGGCAGCAAGUGUUAAGAACAUAAAUCGGUGGGUGGAGCCGGGCAAAUUCUUCCGGGAAUCGAUGCUGAAGAUGGGGACCGUGAUGCCAAUGCCCGACAUUCGGGACAAAAUGCCUAGGAGGUCGUUUUUGCCUCGGAGCAUCGCGUCCAAGUUACCCUUCUCGAGUACAAAGGUCGACGAGCUCAAGCAAAUUUUCCAUGCCGGACAGAAUUCCACCAUGGAGAAGAUAAUGGCAGAUGCACUCGCCGAGUGCGAGAGAGCACCAAGCCGCGGUGAGUCCAAGCAGUGUGUGUCCUCCAUUGAGGAUAUGAUCGACUUCGCCACAUCGAUCCUAGGACGCAAUGUGGCGGUCCGGUCCACGGAAAGUAUCAAAGGUUCGAACCGCGAGAUCCUAAUCGGACAAGUCAAAGGGAUCAACGGUGGUGAGGUGACCAAAUCGGUGUCUUGUCAUCAGAGUUUGUUUCCUUAUCUUCUCUAUUAUUGUCAUUCGGUUCCAAAGGUCCGGGUCUACAAAGCAGAUUUAUUGGAUCCAAAACUCAGGACCAAGAUCAACCAUGGCGUCGCCAUUUGCCAUCUUGACACAUCGGCUUGGAGCGCUAGUCAUGGAGCAUUCCUCGCCCUAGGGUCUAGUCCAGGACAUAUCGAGGUUUGCCAUUGGAUUUUUGAAAACGACAUGACAUGGACAGUGGCCGAUUGACAUAGAAGAUGAAAGUUCGAGCGGUUAGGAAUUGAGCCUCCCAGGUUCGACCUCGAAUCUGAGUUAGGUUAUUACUAAUCACGGAUAAAAGG